UCUGAUUGAAAUUUAAUAGUUUAUAUCCGCGCGAAAGUUUCAAAUCUACUUUCAAAAUCGCACCAAACAAACCUGUAUUUUAAUCUUUAUGUAAUUAUCGAUACAUUGAUUCAAAAUUGAACAAUUCUAAUCAGGCAAAUAAUAAACAGACAUUUCUAUUACCUUAUCAUGUUCAAAAACCAUUCAACGCAACUAGUGACUAUUCGUGGCAUCUCACUAUAAAAAAAGCUAUUAUGAAUACCACUUCACUGCAGUUGUCACUCCACUGAGUUCAUUUUCAAUCACUUCACCGUCCGUGACAACGGGAAUAGAGCAAAACAAGUGAAGUGACUGGAAGGUGAAGUGUAAGUGAGCGUGAAAGUGAUAUUCAGAAUAGGGCCCAUUGUGUUGACACUAUUCGAUAAACAUUACCCCGCCGAGUGCUUCGGGACCGUCACCGAAUCAGAAUGGGAGAUCGUUCUGGAGGGAACUGGCAUGGAAGGGAAAGGAGCUGAGGUGUUCCAGCGCAUCGCGGCGUGGAAAACGGCAUCGGAAAUUGGCCCGGGUCAGUCCGUUAUACCUCCGUUGGAAGCUAACGUAUACAUGUUUCAAAUCAAGGGUGAUUCAAACGAUGAAUCAGAUUCGGAGGAACCGCACCAUAAGGACGACAGAGAGAAUCUCUCGCAAAUGAACGAUGUGGAACAAUCCGCUUCGAAGCCUUUCGGAGCUUCAAGUGAGAAUGCCGAAUGUGCGCCUGAUAGAGAUACUGAUCUAAUGGCAACUGAAGGUGCUGGCGAUAGACCAUGCAAGAUCGAAGCUAGCAAUACGAAGGACAUCAUACAACAAAGCCGCGACUCUGGAAUAGUGGAGAGCGAUGCAAUCAGACCACUCAACAGUAGCCCAGAGUGUAAACCUGGAAUUAACACGAUUGAAGUGAAUGAAGGACGGAUCACUACAGAUGGGAUUCACGCUGCUGAUGUUGGGACAUCCGUAGCUCUCAGAAUGGAAACGACCGAUUGUGAUAACACACCUAGGGUUACCAGACGUACUCUUUUUAGAGUACAUGUACUCUUUUUUGCCUUAAAAAUUUGUGUACUAUUCUUUUUUACUAAACGGGUCAAUUGUACUCUUUUCCGGAUAUGAUUGACGAUUGCUGAACAAAAUCGUUUGAAGAAACCAGAUUAACCACUAGCAUCAUGUUAUCGCCACAGAAAAAGUUUAAUUCACAAGUCUUCAAAAAACGAUUUCGAUCGUUGGUCAGCUAGAUCCGAAGAUAUUCCGAAGUUUCUUGGGGACCGACUACGAGUCCCAUAUAAAUU